AGAGAAGGAUAACAGAAGCGGAGCGGCACUGCAGCAAUAGCAAUGGGACUGCAAUCGUGCACCAAACUCUCUCCGUUUUCCAUAUUCAAUCUCCCAACCACCCUAAAUCGUUUCUCCUCUCGAUUCCACCACCACCUCCGCUCCCCGCCGCCUCUCCUCGUCCGAGCACUUUCUUCCUCCUCCACCGCCGCCGCUCCUCAACCUCCCACCGCCGCAAUUUCAGACGACACUAAAGUUGUGCAAUGGAAAGCCGCGAUAGAUUUCAAGUGGAUUAGGGAUAAUAAGGAGGCUGUUGCCGCCAACAUCAGGACUCGCAAUUCCAAUGCUAAUUUGCAACUUGUGCUCGAGCUCUAUGACAACAUGUUGAAUCUUCAGAAGGAAGUCGAAAGGCUUCGUGCAGAGAGAAAUGUAGUUGCAAACAAGAUGAAGGCCAAACUGGAACCCUCUGAGCGUCAUAAACUCAUUGAAGAAGGUAAAAAUCUGAAAGAUGUUCUUGUUAGCCUGGAAGAAGAUCUGCUCAAACUUACUGAUGAACUCCAACAGGAAGCACAAUGUGUGCCGAAUAUGACACAUCCGGAUGCCCCUGUAGGCGGAGAGGAUUGCUCCACUGUGAGAAAAGUGGUUGGUAAGCCUCGUGAGUUUGGCUUUGCUAUAAAGGAUCAUGUGCAGCUAGGAAAAGAUUUGGAUAUACUAGACUUUGAUGCUGCUUCUGAGGUUAGUGGGUCAAAGUUCUAUUACCUGAAGAAUGAAGCAGUUUUGUUAGAGAUGGGCCUUGUAAAUUGGGCUGUAUCGGAAGUCAUGAAGAGGGGGUUUACACCUCUUACAACCCCAGAAAUUGUCCGAUCUUCGAUAGUGGAGAAAUGUGGUUUCCAACCACGUGGAUCCAACACUCAGGUUUAUUCCAUUGAAGGCAGUGAUCAAUGCCUGAUUGGGACUGCCGAGAUUCCAGUGGGGGGAAUCCAUAUGGAUUCCAUACUAGCUGAGGCAUCCUUACCUUUGAAAUACGUGGCUUUCUCCCAUUGCUUCCGCACAGAAGCUGGUGCCGCAGGCACUGCAACUAGGGGCCUUUACCGAGUCCACCAAUUUAGCAAGGUGGAGAUGUUCGUCUUGUGCAGGCCAGAGGAAAGUGACUCCUUUCAUGAAGAACUUAUCAGCAUUGAGGAAGACCUCUUCUCAUCGUUGGGACUUCAUUUUAAAACUCUGGACAUGGCAACUGAGGAUUUGGGUGCACCCGCAUAUCGUAAAUUUGACGUGGAGGCCUGGAUGCCUGGCUUAGGGCGUUACGGAGAGAUAUCAAGCGCCUCUAACUGUACAGACUAUCAAAGCAGGCGACUGGGCAUCCGCUAUCGUCCAGGACCAUCUACCCCAUAUAAGAAGGGAAAAGGCAGUUCGGGUGUGACCCAGUUUGUGCACACACUCAAUGCUACAGCAUGUGCUGUUCCAAGAAUGCUCGUCUGCUUGCUCGAAAAUUACCAGCAAGAGGAUGGCACUGUCGUCGUUCCUGAGCCACUGCGGCCAUUUGUGGGUGGUCUUGAAGUAAUUGACUACAAGUAUAGAUAGGCUUCUAGAAUUGAUGAGGUUUAAGACAAUUUACUUGAAACUUCUUAUUAAGUCGUUUUUGGGGACUGUAUACCUCAAUUUUUCAUAUCCACAUUCGUAUUAUUUGAAUUGACAUCAUAAUCUUAAUUGGUGAGGUAAUACAGAGCUCGAUUUUUUACAA